UGGUUGGUUUGAUUAUGAUUGGUGGUUUAAUCUUGGUCUACCGAAAUGAAAAGAGUAAGAAAAAAGUUAUCCAUCGUAGUAGUAUUAAAUUAAUUUGUGGACAAGCCAAACCAGGCCAAAGUUUAACCUUUUUAAAAAAUAUGAAUCUAUUUUGUAAUGAAUUUAAUGAAAAAACUAAAAAUAGAACUGGUGAAGUUGUUAGUGUGGAAAUAGUUGUUUAUGAAGAUAAAAGUUAUGAGUACAAUAUCGAUGAUGCCUCUCCUAGUAAGGGUAGUAGUGGUAAGGAAGAGAGGAAAAAAUUACAAGAGAGUGAAAGAAAAGAAAUUUCAGAAGCAGAAUUAGAAAAAAUCGCUCAAAAAAUGCUGCCAAUUCUGAAUACCGAUGAUAUAGAAAAAGCCAAAAAAAUAUUGAGAGGAACAAUAAGAAGUUUUGGCAACUUUAAAGUUACUGAGAAGUAG